UGUGUAUAGUUAAUUAUUCCAGGAAGAGAAGUGCAUUGCAGUGUUACGUGGGGAGGAGGAACAUUUUCAAUGUCAUUUCUCUGAAGUGAAACUAAAGCCCGCAGUAUGUUGUGCAUGAGACCCAACUCCCCAGCUCUUCAGAAAACUAUUAAAUAGUGAAAUUCAGUGUUUGGACCUCUUAACACCUAACAGAAAGUAGAACCGAAAUCUUAUCCACAAACACAUGCAGAUAUGGCGUCCUCCAGCAGUGUCCUCGCUGAAGAGCAGUUCCUGUGCUCCAUCUGUCUGGAUGUGUUCACUGAGCCGGUCUCUAUUCAAUGUGGACACAACUUCUGCAUGGCCUGUAUCAGGAAGUAUUGGGAUGGCAAUGACAUGUGCCAGUGUCCCAUGUGUAAAAAAACAUUUUAUAAGAGACCAGAUCUGUUCAUCAAUACAUUCAUUUCUGAGAUGGCUGCUCAGUUCAGGAAAUCAGUUCAAGUGAAAGCCACCAGCAGCUCAGACCAACUCCCUGCCAAAACUGGAGAAGUCUCCUGUGACAUCUGCACUGGGACGAAGCUCAAGGCCCUGAAGUCCUGCCUGGUGUGUCAGACCUCGUACUGUGAGACUCACCUGGAGCCUCAUCAGAGAGUCGCAGCCUUAAAGAGACACAAGCUGAUCAAACCUGUGGAGAAUCUGGAAGACAGGAUGUGUAAGAAGCACGACAGACUCCUGGAGCUGUUCUGUAGGACUGAUCAGACAUGUGUGUGUCAGUUCUGCACUGAGGCAAAACACAAGACUCACAACACAGUCCCUCUAGAGGAAGAGUAUGGAGAGAAGAUGGCUGAACUGGGGAAGAUUAUGGCAGUAGUACAGCAGAUGUUGCAUACAAGAUCUAGAAAGGUUAAGGAGAUCAAACACUCUGUAGAGCUCAGCAAGAGAGUUGCAGAGAGAAAGAUAUUAGACAGUGUGCAGGUCUUCACUGCUCUGGUUCGCUCCAUUGAGAGAAGUCAAGCUGAGCUCAUUGAGGUGAUUGAGGAGAAGCUGAAAGCAGCAGAGAGGCAGGCUGAAGGGCUCAUUGAAGAGCUGGAGCAGGAAAUCACUGAGCUACAGAGGAGAAGCACUAAGCUGGAGCAGCUCUCACACACUGAGGACCACCUCCACCUCCUACAGAGCUUACCAUCUCUUUGCACCCUUCCACCCACCAAGGACUGGUCUAAGAUCAGUGUUCACAGUGAUCUGUAUGUGGGGACUGGGAGGAGAGUUGUGUCCCAACUGGAGGAGACACUGAAUAAAGAGAUGGAUAAAGUCAAAUUGAAGAGGGCGCAGCGCUAUGCAGUAGAUGUGACUCUGGACCCUGAUACGGCAAACCCCUAUAUCAUCCUGUCGACAAGUGGGAAAGAAGUGAGAUAUCAACAGAAACAACAAGAUCUCCUUGACAACCCAAAGAGGUUUUCCACCUGUCCCUGUGUCCUUGGAAAUAAAGGUGUCUCCUCAGGAAGAUCUUACUAUGAGGUGACUGUUAAGGGAAAGACUAAGUGGGAUUUAGGAAUGGCCAGAGAGUCCAUCAACAGGAAGGGAAAUAUCACACUGAGCCCUAAGGAUGGUUACUGGACUGUGGCACUGAGGGAAAAGUGUAAGUACCUAGCCUGUACCUCCACACCUGUCCUCCUCUCCCUGAGAGAAAAGCCCCAGAAGGUGGGGGUGUUUGUGGAUUAUGAGGAGGGUCAGGUCUCCUUUUAUGAUGUAGAGGCCAGGUCUCACAUCUACUCUUUCACUGGCUGCGCCUUCGCUAAGAAACUAUAUCCAUACUUAGGACCUUGUGCUAAUUUUGGGGAUGAAAACUCUGCUCCUCUGAUUAUCUCCCCUGUCAAUCACACAGACUGAGGAUGACGUUUUGACAUUGCAGAAGUGUGGAGAUGUUACCAAAGAUAAUGGUAUCCUGACAAAUACUCAGCAUGGACCUUGAUUCCGUUAAGUUUAAAAUACUGCACUUUGAAUUAACAUCACAUGAAUCACAGAAAAAAAGAAGAAAAAAAGAUCCCUGCAAAUAUUUUGUUUAAUAUUAGAUGAAAUUGUUCCAGUCUCUUCUGUUUGAUCAUUUCUUAAUGUACAUAUACAUAAUGUGUGUUUAUGUAAUAAUGUGGUGCUGAUGUGACUGUAUUGUGAUUAAUUUCAUGUCAUCUCUGACAUCAAGGAUUUAGCAGCCUCUUCAUGGUUACACGUGCUCUCCUGUCCCCAUCGUGCAUGGGGACAAAGCUUUACAACACAACACACGACUAUAUUUUGAAGUGCCUUUCUUGUGUUGCUUGUUCUGUCUUUGAUUGUAACACAAUGUCAUUACAUUUGAAAGAAACACCAUUAAAGAAACAAAUGCAGUGAGUUUGUUUUUAAAGUUUA